AUGAUGAAGCUGAAUAAGACGAGUAUUAUGAAGGGGAAGAAGAAGAAGAGGGGAAGCCCGAAAAGAAGUUUUCUCUACCCUAAAAAAUUGAAAAAGGCCCUCUUCAUUUUCUUUCAGCUCUUUUCUGAAGAUUCUGAGGAUAAUUAUGUGCAGAUUCAGGUGCAGCAUCGGAGUCCAGUGGCGAGAGGAAUUGGUGUGGCAGCAGCUGCAACUACUGGUGGCGCCGCCACCACAGCUGCUCCAGGUGGUGUUGUGAACCAGUUCAAGCCUACCAACCCUCAGGAUGCUGCAAGGGCAAUGGAGAUGUUGGAUUUCACUCCUGUUAAUGGAAAGCCCAUUAGAGUGAAGAACUUGCACAAGUCAUUUGACAACGAAGCUUCACAUGACACCUUUUCAAGCUUUGGCCACAUUCUUACUGAUUCUAAUGGCCAGUCGAAGUGUUAUGGUUUUGUACAAUUUGACAAUGAUGAAUCCGCUCAAAGUUCCAUAGAUAAGUUAAAUGGUGUGCUCAUCAAUGGUAAGCAAGUGUAUGUUGCACAUGCUCUUCGCAAAGAGAAGAGUGGCAGAGCACAAGCUGAGGAAGGUCAACUAGUUGGUGAACGUCCUCCAGUGCGCAAGCAAUAG